CCUACCUUUGUUUCAUUUUAGCGAGGCUAGCACUAGGUAGUUCAGGCUGGCCUCAAACUCGUAGUGGUGAUUUUCUUGUCUCAGUCACCGCGUGUGCCACCACGCCAGGCUUCACGUUUUGCUAUUUGAAAAAAAGGUUGCGUGGAACCGCUUAGAUCCUUCAGGAUUGGGAUCCUGGAGUUUUGCUGCACUCACCCCCCCCCAAUAUCUCCCAGUUAGUAGAGGGCUUGGAGUUGUUAGAUCCAUCUUUGUGUUUGGCCUCUUUAAGUGGGUUUAGUUGGGUGUCGGAAGAUCUAGAUGAACAUGAUUCCUACUCUCCUAGAGAAUGCCUAGGGUUAGAAAGAGUAGCAAUGAUAUUUUGUGCAAAUACCCCCACCCCACGGCAAAGGGAGUUACUAUGUAGUUUCCUUUUUGGUGGGUGGGUAGCGGGGAUUGAACUCGGGACCUUGCACUUGGAGGCAGGCGCCAGAACCCGCCAUUUGCAGAUUGUUUUUACUCGUCUUUUAUCCCAGCCUGGGCUGGCCUUGAACUCAUGGCCUCGAACUCCUGCUGACACAGCUCCUCAAGUGCUGGGAUAACAGGUCACGAUGUCUCGGGAGUCAGAUGCGGACAGUCAGCAGUCCUACGGCGGCGGCACCUCUUCUCAGGCUCACGGCAGUGGUACGAGUUUACAAACCCAAGGUGGCCUCACUCCGUCCCAGGGCAGUUUCUCCCAGUCCCUCGGAAUCGGUUCACAGUCUCACGGGUCCUUGUCGCAGUCCCAAGGCACUUCCAGCUCCUCCACUGGCACAGUGUCCACCUCCAGCCAGUCCUCUCAGUCCAGCUCUGGGACGCUGAGCUCCUUAGAGACUGUGUCUACUCAGGAACUCUGUUCUAUUCCUGAGGACCAAGAACCCGAGGAACCUGUUCCUGCCCCUUGGGCUCGGCUGUGGGCUCUUCAGGAAGGAUUCUCCAAUUUCGAGUGUGUUAAUGACAACUACUGGUUUGGGAGGGAUAAAAGCUGUGACUAUUGCUUUGAUGAACCACUUCUAAAAAGAACAGAUAAAUAUAGGACAUAUAGCAAGAAACACUUUCGGAUUUUCAGGGAAAGGGGCCCUAAAGACUCUUACAUCGCAUACAUAGAAGAUCACAGUGGGAAUGGAACCUUUGUAAAUACAGAGCUUGUAGGAAGAGGAAAACGUCAUCCGUUGAGUAACAAUUCUGAAAUUGCACUUUCACUAUGUAGAAAUAAAGUUUUCGUAUUUUUUGAUCUGACUGUAGAUGAUCAGUCAGUUUAUCCCAAGCAAUUAAGAGAUGAAUACAUCAUAUCAAAAACUCUUGGAAGUGGUGCUUGUGGAGAGGUAAAACUGGCCUUUGAGAGGAAAACGUGUAGGAAAGUAGCCAUAAAGAUCAUCAGCAAAAGGAAAUUUGCUAUCGGUUCUUUGAAAGAGUCAGUGGACCCAGCUCUUAACGUUGAAACUGAAAUAGAAAUUUUGAAAAAACUAAACCACCCUUGUAUCAUCAAGAUUAAAAACUUUUUUGAUGCAGAAGAUUAUUACAUUGUUUUGGAAUUGAUGGAAGGGGGAGAGCUAUUUGACAGGGUAGUGGGGCACAAACGUCUGAAAGAAGCUACCUGCAAGCUUUAUUUUUACCAGAUGCUCUUGGCUGUCCAGUACCUUCAUGAAAAUGGGAUUAUACAUCGGGAUUUAAAGCCAGAGAAUGUUCUACUGUCAUCUCAGGAAGAGGACUGUCUUAUAAAGAUUACUGAUUUUGGGCAGUCCAAGAUUUUGGGGGAGACCUCUCUCAUGAGAACUUUAUGUGGUACCCCCACUUACUUGGCUCCUGAGGUGCUUCUCUCUAUUGGGACUACAGGGUAUAACCGAGCUGUGGACUGCUGGAGUUUAGGAGUUAUUCUGUUUAUCUGCCUUAGUGGGUAUCCACCUUUCUCUGAGCAUAAGACUCCAGUGUCAUUGAAGGAUCAGAUCACCAGUGGAAAGUACACCUUCAUUCCUGAAGUCUGGGCAGAUGUCUCAGAGAAGGCUCUGGACCUUGUCAAGAAGUUGUUGGUGGUGGAUCCCAAGGCACGGUUUACGACUCAAGAAGCCUUAGGUCACCCAUGGCUUCAGGAUGAGGACAUGAAGAUUAAGUUUCAGAACCUACUGGCUGAGGAAAAUAAGCCGUUGGCUCUACCCCAGGUCUCACCCCAGCCUUCCACGAGUCGAAAACGGCCUCUCGAAGCCGGAGCCGAGGACACCAAGACCACAAAGCGUCCAGCUGUGUGUGCUGCUAUGUCAUGAACACUGUGAUCUGAACGUGAAAGAAAUGUCUCUUUCCCUCUGCUGUCAUCUUAUUUCUUUAAGUCUGUUUUUUUAUAGCUU